AGGGAGAGAGAGAGAGAGGGAGAGAGAGAGAGAGAGAGAGAGAGAGAGAGAGAGAGAGAGAGAGGUGGGGGAAACAGCUGCAAGCGGAUACUCAACAUCAACAAGCUGUAUGAGGCAUCUGUACAGAAGAAGAAGGGAUUUGUUGAGGACGGCGGAUCGAGGGUUCCCGGUCUGAGGCGUGGAGCUUACAGCAGCAUCCUACAAGUGGUGAAGCGAUGCUUUAGCAGGACAAUUUCAUAGAUUUUUAUCCUCGACAGCCCACCCUCCCGACGAUACUAUUUCCCGGCAGCAAUCCCCCCCUCCAAAAAAAAAAAAAAAAAAAAAAAAAAAAAAAGCAUCUUUGGACGCUCUCUGGGGGGAGGAUGGCUGUUUUCCGGCUUUCGCUGCUGCUGCAUGUGGGAUUUGUGAUCGGAUCCAAUCAUAAAUACGCGGAAUGGUCAGCGGCGCACGGCGGGGGAGUCAGCGGCGGCGCUCAGACGCUCCGCCGGCAGCUGGCGCAGCUCCGCGCGCCUCCUCAGGCUCCCGGGGAGCCGCAGAAAACCGAGCAGCGCCUCCCCAGGGUGGUCACGGCUUUCCUGCACACCGGGGACUCGACCACCCUCAAGCACGCCAACUGCUCGCGGCGGUACGAGCUGACGUCGCUGCGGGGAAGGUCAGACUCCAGCCCGCACCAGUCCAUGAGCGGCGUGCUGGACGCGGUGCUGCACGCCACAAACUUCCUCAACAUGAUCCUGCAAGCCAACAGGUCCAGAGAGCACAGCCUGCGGAGAGACAUUGAGUGGUACCACGCUCUGGUCCGGAGCAUACUGGAGGGGGACGCCAAGAUCCACCGGGCGGUCGUUACCUUCAACGGGGAUUCGUCCUUCGCGGGGCCCUGGGUGCUUCUCCAGGCCACCAGGGCCGGUGGAGAGAUCGUCCUCCAAGACCUCUCCAGCAAGGCUCACCACCAUCUGCACAACCGCACAGCAGACUCGGAGUGGUACCACGAAAUGAGAGACAGGAGCAUCCCCGGUUUCCAUAAGAGGGUGCUGAGCCAGGAUUUCACCUCAGCUGAUAAUCCCUUGACAAGAGGAGAGAGUUUUAUCCCGGACAAGACGCAUGUCAAAUGGUCUGCGCCCUACCUGGAGUGUGAAAAUGGGAAUUUUGUUCCCCGUUGGCUUUUGACCUUAUCCGCGGCGUUUUAUGGCCUGAAGUCCAACCUGGCCCCUGAAUUCAGGGGCGUGGUGCGAGUGGACAUUAAUCUACAGGAUGUUGAUAUCGACCAGUGCUCCGCUGACGGCUGGUUUGCUGGAACCCAUCGAUGCAACCUGACCACUAUGGAGUGUUUGCCGCUCCGAGGUCACGGAUUCGUUUUGGACAAGUACAAGUGUCACUGCAAGAAAGGAUUCUACCACCCCAACAGAGUCGCGGUCAACGGCUUCACGAAAAUGGGGAAAAAGGGGAAAGCUGUGGACAGCGGACCCAACGCGGACGAGGGCUCGUCCAGCGACUGCCUGCCGUGCCAGCAGGGCUGCGCCUACUGCAAGGACGACACCCCCUGCGUGACCCGAGAGGACGGCGCCCUGCGCAUGGCCGUGGUCUCCUUCCAGUGCCUCUGCAUGCUGGUCGUCUUCAUCAGCAUGGUGCUCAUAUACCACUUCCGCAGGAAUAAGAGUAUCAGAGCGUCGGGCCUCGUCCUGCUGGAGGCCAUCCUGUGCGGAGCGCUGCUUCUUUACUUUCCGGUGGGGAUCCUCUAUUUCCAGCCGAGCGUUUUCCGCUGCAUCCUGCUGCGCUGGGUUCGACUGCUGGGCUUUGCCACCGUUUACGGGACGCUGACUCUGAAGCUGUACCGGGUGCUGAAGGUCUUCCUGUCCCGCACGGCCCAGAGGAUCCCCUACAUGACCAGCUGGCGAGUGCUGCGGCUGCUGGGCAUCAUCCUGCUCAUCGUCUGCUGGUUCCUGGUGGCGUGGACGUCUGCCGUCUGUCAGAACCCCGACAGGAAGCUGGCCCUCAUCGACGUGGGCUACACGCCCGACGGGCUGCAGUUCAGCAUGUGCCUCCUGGAUCGCUGGGACUACAUGAUGGCCGUCGCGGAGUUCCUCUUCCUGCUGUGGGCCGUGUACCUGUGCUACGCCGUGAGGACGGUGCCGUCGGCCUUCCACGAGCCGCGCUACAUGGCCAUCGCCGUUCACAACGAGCUCGUCCUGUCGGCCAUAUUCUACGUCAUCAGGUUUACGCUCGCUCCGGAGCUCCAUCCAGACUGGAUGCUGCUGCUCUUCUUCACACACACCCAUCUCACUGUCACAGUCACUCUGGGUCUGCUGCUCAUUCCGAAGUUCCUGUUUGCCGGCACCCACAUGAGAGAUGACAUAGCCUCCGAGGCGUACGAGGACGAGCUGGACAUGGGUCGUUCUGGGUCGUAUCUCAACAGUAGCAUAACAUCGGCGUGGAGCGAGCACAGCCUGGACCCCGAGGAUAUCCGGACACCAGACGAAAUGGGCCAUCUCAGUUCUAUUAAUGGCUGUGGCGUAAGGUCUUGCGACAGUCUUUGGGAAAAACGUACCAAUGAAGAGCUGAAGAAACUGUACUCCCAGUUGGAGAUUUACAAGAGGAAGAAAAUGCUGGCAAAUAACCCUCAUCUGCAGAAAAAGCGAAGCUCCAAGAAGGGGCUCGGUCGCUCCCUGAUGAGGCGCAUCACUGAGAUUCCCGAAUCUGUCCAUCGGCAAUGCAGCCGUGAAGACAAAGACGCCGGAGACCAUGGGAGCAAUCGCAACAGCAUCUGCAUGUUGAAGAAAAAUCCUUUGGAUACGAGUCAUCAGACUAAACAAGCAAAAGAGGAGACGCUAAAAAAUAAAGUUUUCUCCCUAAAGAAGUCCCACAGCAGCUACGACCAUGUCCGGGAUCAGAGUGAAGACUCCAACAGCUCAUUGACAGAGAAGAUGGAGGUGACCACAGCUGAAGGCUCCCUCCUGGACACACUUAUGGGUAAAAAGAUGGUCAAGAAGAAGUCCAGUGAGAAUGUAAAUGUACCCAGUGAGUCUACAGAAUCGGUCCCUUUAGUGUGCAAGUCAGCCAGUGCCCACAAUCUCACUGCAGACAAGAAACCCAUCCACCCGAGAGCCUCCAUGCUGCAGAAGUCCCUCAGUGUCAUUGCCAGUGCCAAAGAGAAGACUUUAGGAUUGACUGGAAAGACCCAGAGCACAGAGGACAGCAAUAAGAAGACUCAGCCCAAAAGCAAAGACAUGAGAGCAAACGCAGAGCCAGAGAGCGAAUGCCAGUCCAAGAUCCCCACCAGCCAGGCAACCAACACCACAAAAGGCAUUAUCAUGAAGCAGUCGGUAACAAGCAGUCAGGCCACAGCUUGCCCUGAUCCAGUCAAAGGUAAGGACCUCUAUGAUCUCUCAGAAGUGUGUCCCUGGGAGGUGGAAGACAUCCCAACUCCGUCUGAGAACAAGGUGCAAAAGCACGUCUCCAUAGCGCCAAAGGAAACCACAACAGUUCACGGCAGUAGCACCAAAGGAGGCAAGUCCCAGCAACAGAAGCAGAAGGCUCACGAGCAGUCUCCGUCAGGGGGAAGGCACUCGAAGGAACUUCAGAAGACAACAGCCGUUCGAGCAGAGAUAUGUCCAUGGGAGGAGGGAGGCGAGACUCUGACCAGUCAAGCAGAAGGGUCAAAGCAACAAAUAAGUGGUCUGUCCAAGGCCCCGCAGCCUCAGUCUGCUGUGGAAAGCUCCAAAACACCUCGGGCAGACAUUUGUCCGUGGGACUUCGAAGACACGCAAAGAAUGACAGAAUUAGCUCGCUCUCCAGAUACAGCAAAACAGAAAAAGGGCAUAUCUCCAGGGGAUGGGCGAGGGAAAAGUAUCCUUUCAGAUCCACCCAAAGUGGGAACAUCAUUGCAGCUGCCACCGUCAAAAGCUGACGUAUGUCCCUGGGAGUACGACAGCACCGCGGUGUCCCCGAAUUCCGAGAGGACACCCAGUCCCUCGCAAGCACCCAAAACCAAGGAGUCACCCUCAAAAAAGAAAGGCGCUCCUGUCGCCAGGACACUCGAGAAAGAGAAAACAAAAGACGCUGAUGACGAGAAAAGUAGAGCAAAAGCUAAGGACAAGAGUAAAUCUUCAGAGAAACACGUGAGUCAACAGAAAAUGGCCGAGGUCUGCCCGUGGGACGUAGAGAGUCAUCAGGAGGUGCCGCUCGUUGAAAAAAGGAGAAGUGCCAACGUCGGGGCGGCCAAAGUAAAGCAGGCUGAAGUGUGUCCGUGGGAUUUCGAGGACACGUCAGAUAAAAGAGGUACAGACAAAAGUUCCCUGGCAGCGAAACAGAGCAGUCCGAGCUCUAGAGGUGGAGCCACCAGCGCUGCUAAGAAGGCAGACGUUUGUCCCUGGGACUUUGAGGAUAGCACAUCCAGCAAGAAGGCAUGACACUCGACCUUAAUGGACCACUGAAAUUCUAGUUAUUGAUGUAUACUUUUUUUCACUUUGAAGUGGUUAAAUAUUACCUUUUACUAUUAGUACGGUGACUUGGAAGCAGAGUUGAUGAAGUUCCACAAGUUGCCUUCCUUUCUGAGUUUUUGUUCCUGUUUUACUUAUUUUGGUAAUAAGUAA